ACGUCGUUCAGCUCACGUGCUAGUUCUCUUCUUUGAAGGCGGCACCUACUAGCUAUCAGCCGAGAGGCUUGUUGUUGUUUGAGGGAAAGUAUAUUAACUGUAGAAAACUAUUCUUCCAAAAUGGGAACUCGAGACGAUGAGUACGACUACUUGUUUAAAGUUGUGCUAAUCGGAGACUCUGGAGUGGGUAAAAGUAACCUGCUGUCCCGCUUCACAAGGAAUGAAUUCAACCUGGAGAGCAAGAGCACCAUCGGGGUGGAGUUCGCCACGCGAAGCAUCCAGGUGGACGGCAAGACGAUAAAGGCUCAAAUCUGGGACACAGCUGGACAGGAGCGCUACAGAGCAAUCACCUCAGCAUAUUACAGGGGUGCAGUCGGGGCUCUCCUGGUUUAUGACAUAGCCAAGCAUCUGACAUAUGAGAAUGUUGAACGCUGGUUGAAAGAGCUGAGGGACCAUGCUGACAACAACAUUGUCAUCAUGCUUGUUGGGAACAAGAGUGACCUUCGUCACCUUAGGGCCGUGCCCACUGAUGAGGCUCGAGCCUUUGCAGAAAAGAACACUCUAUCAUUUAUUGAAACCUCCGCUCUGGACUCCACUAAUGUAGAAGAAGCCUUCAAGAAUAUUCUCACAGAAAUCUACCGUAUUGUAUCUCAGAAACAAAUAUCUGACAGAUCUGCGCAUGAUGAUUCUCCAGGAAACAAUGUAGUGGAUAUCAGUGUCCCCCCAACCAUGGACGGACAGAGGGGAAACAAACUUCCUUGCUGCUCAAGCCUGUGACCCUUUUAUUUGUUCUCCUGUUUGGUUUUUUUCUUGUCAGCUUUUCUUCUCGGUCAGGCAUGCUAAUGUCAACAUUAUACCAUCAGAAGUCUCUGAUCUAAGGCUCCUAUAGCUGACAUUCCUUUCUGAUGGUUUCUUCUUUGAUUGUUUUUGUCUUCCUGUGAUUUCAAAAAAUCCUCAGUCUUUUAUAACUUAAUGCCUUCAUAAUAGCCAGAAGAAGGAGGCAUUUAGCUCUUAGGAGUUCUAUAUUUAAGCUUUCUUUUUUUCUUAAUUAACUUUAACUUCUCUCCAUGGUCCUAUUGACCCGCUCCAAUACGGGACGGUGAGGGAUCUAUAGACCCUUUCAUCAUUAAUCCAAUCAUUUCCUGUUUGCCUCCUUUUCUCAGCCUGCAGUGGUACAGACUUGAUCUGCUACAGCCGAAUCCCAGUUUGAUUUCUGGUUGGCCUGAUUCUGCCUAUCAUGCAAUACGGGUGUAUAUCAGGGGAUGAAAGGAAGGUAUCUCUGGAGCCUUAAUUCAACUCAGUCUAGAGCUUCUUAUUGCCUCAUUACUUUUAAUUUUCCUCUCUGAGCCCUCUGUCCAUUGUGGCAUGAAAUUGGCAUGAGCCAGGGACCAGACUGGUUGUGACUGUCUGACCUAAAACAGGCAAGUCUGAAACUAAUAAUGUGUUUUAAUUUGUGUGCUUGCGUGCGUGCGUGCGUGUGUGUCUGCGUCUCUGUGUCUCUGUGCGAGAGCAUGUGUGUUAUUCUUAGUGCACAAACAUACCAAAGAAGAUGGAUGCAAUCACUAUCAGUUCCUAUUCAAGUGUUCUGAGCUGCUGACGGCACAUCUUAGCUGUAUUUGGCAAACAAAUCCUGGCUCUUUUGCAAAUGUGUUCAGUGUAAUGCUAUAUAACAAAUAUCAUUGGGUAAUAGUGACAUGAUAGUAUCAGCAACAACAAGUCCAGCUUUUAGUUCCAUUACUAAGGCAAAAAUUUUUAGCAUGAAAUUUUUUUUUGCACUUGUGUCCAACAAUUUCAGUGGAAAUUUAUUCCAACAGUGGAAUAAAUACACGCACACUCAACAUCUUAAUCAAGCAGCAUAUUCAUGUUGUUUGAAAGGAACUUUAAGUUGAAACCACAAAAUGCUCUGCGUGUGGUUUUCUCACAUUUUAAAGUCACAUAUUUUAAUGAGAACAGAUGAAGAUGUGAUCUGAGAACAUUUCAAGAGAAGAUUCACUAACUACAAACAGUUUCAGUCAAGCCACAAACGGUUAGAUUGGGAAAGUGGAAGUGAAAGUCAAACAGGCUAAUUGCGUAAACGAAAUAACACUUUUUUUUGUACCUCUGGUAAAAUGUUUUGAUGCAUCUGGUAUUUCACAUUUCGUCAAUGCAAUGUCGGCAGAUGUAAACUUCUGAGACGUCCUCAUUAUAUAGAAAAUACUGAGGUUGUAACUAAACCUCGUCAUCAUGACUAUUGCAGGCAGACUUAUUUUGUGAUUUAUUAUAUAUUUCUGUGUCUUUUGUCAAUGCAAAUGUGUGUACAUGUUGACUACAAAUGACAUGUAUGCUUUGUUUCUUUAUUGUCGACUGUGAAGGCUUUUACCACUACAUGAUAUGAAUAAAAAUUAGAUCACAUUAUAAAACAUA